AUGGCUCCCAAGGUUGCAAUCGUCUACUACUCCAUGUACGGCCACAUCCAGGCCUUGGCCGAGGCCGAGAAGAAGGGCAUUGAGUCCGCUGGUGGCCAAGCCGAGAUCUUCCAGAUCGCUGAGACCCUCAACGAGGAAGUUUUGGCCAAGAUGCACGCUCCUACCAAGGCCAGCUACCCCGUCAUUGAGCCCGCCGAUCUCCUCGCCUACGACGCUGUUCUGUUCGGUAUCCCUACCCGUUACGGUAACUUCCCUGCUCAGUGGAAGACCUUCUGGGACAAGACCGGUGGCAUCUGGGCCACUGGUGGCUUCUGGGGCAAGUACGCUGGUCUCUUCGUCUCCACCGGUACCCAGGGUGGUGGUCAGGAGUCCACUGCUCUUGCCUCGAUGAGCACUCUCGCUCACCACGGCUUCAUCUACGUUCCCCUCGGCUACAAGACCGUCUUCGCCCAGCUGAGCAACUUGAACGAGGUUCACGGUGGUAGCGCCUGGGGUGCUGGUACCUUCGCUGGUGCCGACGGUUCCCGCCAGCCCUCCGCGCUUGAGCUUGAGGUUGCCACCGCUCAGGGCAAGGCCUUCUACGAGACCGUCUCCAAGGUCCAGUGA